GGCUUUGAGUGCGUGCUUCGAUCCCUCGGGGGAAAAGAGAUGAACUGUGCUUAAUCCUGUUCGUCGGAUAGAAAUGCAUUCAACAGGGGUAAACUGUGGAACCGAGCUGACGAAGCCAAUUUCUUAUAUUUACUUUAAACGAGAGAAAGAUAUUCGAGGGAUGAGGAAUUAGAAGAAGAGUGGAGUAUAACAAAGUGAACGGUGUAGUUGGUGUUUGUUUAUUACACUUGUUUAUUUAACUUACUUUCUUUUUUAUUAUGUUCGUUAUGGUUUACCUGUUGAUCUGGUUAUUGGAACGAAGGCAAAUUAAUACGUUGGUAAUACGUUACAUUGGAAUCAAGAAAUGGGAAAUCUAACUCGUCUCGAAUUGUAAUUCUCUCCAAUUGCCUCAUUCCAUUCGAAAGGAUUUUAUUCUAUUACAGUUUUAAAAUUUCCAAGCGUGUUCUCCUUUAAUUAUUUUGAUUAUUCUUAACUUGUAAAUUAGUUACACAAAAAUGACAAAAUAACGAUUCUUCUUCGCCGCAUCGUUUAAAGGGAAAUUCUGGUCACUGUUUCCUCGCUGUUUAUCACAUAUAUUUUUUUUCAUCAAAAAUAUUUCUUCCAUAUAUUUUUCUAAAACGCGAUCCAAAUUUAUGAGCAUCCCGUAUAUCUCGAUAUUUCUAUUUUCCCUCCCUUUCCUUUCUUAUGGCAAACAUUUCCAUCCGAGGAAAUGAAGUUUUUCAAGACAAGUGACAAGCACAAAGUUGUCGCGCGCCCUAUCCUGGAUCCGUAAAGUUUCUUUCGAUUGGAAACGUUCAUCGGUGGAAACCCCCGUCGCGUAAACGUUGGGAAUUUAUUUCACGAGCGCGUUCAGUUUUCCAAGCGAUUCACCGGCACGGUUCGCGUUCGAUAGAAAAUAGUGUUGCCCGGGCGGAAAUGGACGCAAACAAAUCAAUUGGUUUUCCGAAUGAAAUCAAACAAGCGCGCGAGACAUUCCACCCCAUCGACGAGCGACCACCCUCCUCCUUGUUUCUCUUUUCCUCGCCGCCUCGCUGGCAAAGAGAGGGUUGGAAAAUGAAAAAUAGGGGCAGAGGAGGCUGCACCGUCGUGACACCCAUUUUUUUUUCUCUAACUCCAUUGUUUCUCGCGUUGCCACUCUUCUUCUUCUUCUUCUUCUUCUUCUUCCACGACUUUUAUUCUAUUUCCCCUCUCGACACUCCAACGACGUAGUCACGAUAGAUCUCAUUGAAUGACAGUGAAAAGUCCACCUUCUUUUUUUCUUCUUUGCUUUAUUCUGCUUGCACUGGAUUCGACACGAUUUAUCGGUGUCGUUGACGAUUCGAAAAAAGAUCAUUGAAGGGAAAAUUAGAGGGGGAAGAAUUAAAGGACGAAGGUAAAGAAAUUGCUUCGAAAGUUUUAGUUUCUCUUAGCAAUGGAUUUUACUUGGAUUUAAUUGUCGAACAUACAAAUUAUAAGGAUUUCACUCGAAAUUGAUCAUCUUUCAAGGGAUGAGAAAUACGAUAAGAUAAAGAAAAAAGAGAAUAUAGUUAUUAAAAGCAAAGUUUUUAAAAGCGAAUUUAAAAACGCACUUCUCCCUCUUUCUCUGAACGGAACGUGUCUGUCUGUCGUUCGUGAAAUAUAGAUGACACGCUUUGGGAAGAAUUUAGUUGCGAGGUUUCGCGGUUGAAGAGAGGGGUAUUCUUCUUGGUACUUUGUCGUCGAGUUGAAUCCGUUCCAAUGUUCGACGUUUUACAUAGUGCAAAGUAGUGGUGUCAAUUAGGCUCGUAAUAUCGUCUGAAAGAGUUGCUAGCCUCUGUGAUUGUCGCGUUUCUCGGUGUCUAAAAUCUCAUCAAGUUCUGCUUUUGCACUUUGCUUUCCCCCAACUUUACUCCCAAAAAACUUUUCCCUUUCGAACUUUUAUCCCCUAAAAAAAGAAGGAUAUUCGAACAAAUUGUAAUUCGACAAUCAACUGUAAAAGGACGGAUUAAUUUUAAGAAAAUAAUAAUAAUAAUAAUAAAAAAAGGAAAGAAUCAUUCGUAGAAAAUUUCGACUAAUCAGAAAUCUUCACUUUCAGGCGCGAUUGAAUCUGAGAUGAAGCUCGGCUCGUUCAACCGAAUCGAGGUACAAACGUUGGACCGAUUCGAUGCCGGAUAAAUUUAUUUUAAGUGUCCUUCCGAUUCACCAUGCUCGGCCGAAAGGAGUAAUAGCAACUGAGAAACUCGUCUGGCAAGUGUUCUCGUUUGUGGUAAGAAUUCUUCCUUUCUUUCUUUCUCCUUCUUUUUUCUUUUUUCUUUUUUUCAGUGACCCGACGCUGUGUCAGACGCGAUUGAAAAAAGAAAAGGAAGAGAAGAUAGAGGCGCGAGAAGAAACGGGAUUUUCGGGCGCAUAUGAAAUGCAGAAGUAACGGGAGGGGAGAAAAAACAUCCGUCACUUUUAUUUAUUUUCUAGAGAGAAAGGGAUCAAAGGCAGCGUGACGCGACGCUAAUUAGUCCGCUGCAACGUGACGCUGGAAACAGCCCCGUGCAAGUUUCGAAUGCACUCGUACGAAAGGAUACGCGAAAAUCUAAUUGCGGCCUGGAUCUGGAUGGCAAACAACUUUCCACGAUUUUCGAAUGGUAAUUUCUGGACGGAAGGAUAUUUAAUCGUGACGCGAUAUAAAUCUCGAGUUGUUUUAAUUUUAUUCCUUCAUUCACAGUUUUUAUCCCGUGAUUUCGUCCCGUUGAAUAUGAAAACACAUUUAAUGCUACCUUAUCACCUCCGGGUGAUCGUAUAUAUAAAUUACGAGCUAAAAUUUAUAGCUUUUUUUUUUUUUCUUUUUUAAUCCCUACGACAAUAUAAAUUUCUUAGAAGCUUAGAAGAAGAGAAAACGAUCGAAGAAAUAAUGGAGCAAUCAGGGUGACGAAGGGCAAAACAAUCUGGAAUUUGUUACCCCCUCUCCCCCGAUAGAAUUCUUUUCCUUCUUGUUUUUCAAUCCAGCUACGACUGGACGUACCGGAAAUUACAGCAUGGCGCCCUUCGAUUUCUUCCAUCUCCGGUGCGGCGAGUCAAUGUGUGAGUUUACGAUCCAGUCGCCGGGAUAAACCACGGUGCACAAUCUAAGGAAACGAUAAACGUGGACAUCGGGAUAUUUCUCAGGUUAAAUUCGAUCUUUCUUUCGUUCCUCUUUUAACGAUUUCGUUUUUCAACCGAUCAUUCCUUUUCCCCUCCCCUUUCUCUCUCUUCUUUCCAAACCAUGUAUCCAAUCCUUCGAUAAAUCGUUACAAAUUAUUUGUAACUAUUUAUUUUUCCAUACUUUCCUUUUUUCUUUUUUCUUUUUUUUUUUCUCUUUUAACACGACGUAUCGCCUCGGAUUAUCGAUCGAGUUUCGGUCGAGUAUCGGACCGAAGUCGCGAGACAUUAUUCUCGAAAUUUUUCAAACAGGACGAUCACCCCGGUAUCAAUUCGGUCAUUUAUCAUCAACUGUUUGACGGUAUUCAAGGGACGUUUGGUGAUUGGCGAGGAAAGUUGAGGUUCCCAAAGACUCUGCCUCCAUCCUAAUAAAUCAAUAUUGACGUAGGGGCGUAUAUUUUAUAUUUUUCUUCUCUCUACCGUCUUCCCAGACAUUCCCAUCGAAUAUCACAUUCCAUCUGUAUCGCGUUUUUCCACACGGUCCACGGUAUUAUUACAUCCCAUCGGAGUAUCGAGCAAAUGGUUCUUUUUUUUCUUUUCUCUUCUUUUUUUUUUUCUUUUUUCGAAACGAGAAAUCUCGUCGAUAUUUCUUUUUUUUUCGAGCUCGUUUUGUAUCCUUGAAUAUUCGUUCGUUCGUUAUUUCUCUGUCAUUGAGGAAGAAAAGAAAAUCGUAAAUCGUUUAUAAACACGAACGGAACGAAACGAAACAUUAAUCGACGACUCGUAUUCGCUUUCGUAAUCGCGGUGUGUAUAAACAUUCGGUGUAUAGAAACAUUCGUGUUUCGAUAGAAUUCAGUCGACGACGAGUUGCGAACGAGGAUGGAAUUAUAUGUGAGCGGUAGGAAUUUUUCUUCUUUCUUGCAUAUCCAAUCGAAUAAUUAAUUUUCGGACGAAGAAAGAGAGUGAAAGGGGAAACGGAUGAUUCUCACUGAUUUCCAACGUGUAGAACGUUCAACGAGAGAGAGAGGAAGAACCCGUCCCGUUGGACGAGUAAAAGAGAAACGCUCAUCUAAUUCCAGUUAGCCCAACUUUCACGUUGUUCCGCAUAUAAUUUGCGACUUCAUUACUUUCUCGUCUAACUUGGGCGAAAUUUGCAUUGGAGCCUGACGGUACGUUCAAUUAAACGGACAGAAAUAUAUUUCCUUCGGACACGCGCGCGGAUCAAUCCCGAAAAGUUGCCGUGAAACUUUCAUCCAUAAAAUGAUAAUGGUUUCGAUUUCUAAACCGUAUUCGACGCUCGAUGUUCCGCUCCCCUCCUCCCCUCGACGACGAAAAAGAAUUUUUCUAAAAACCUGUUAUGCGGCCACGGACCAUAAAUCUAACGUCUCUGGAUUCGCGCAAUAUUGCUUGGAGCGUCGCGAUCCAUCUCCAACAUUCCAUUCGAAAACGAACAUUCGUCACAACAUAUUGAAAAAAACGUGUCAUCAAGACGAGGAAAACGCAAAACCGGCACCUGUAAUCAAUAUCGGUCGCUUCUCGGAUAACACAGGGGGGAGAGGGGACGAGGAGGAGGAGGAAAAAAAAAAAGAACACGGGAUGGUUCCAUCGUUUCGUUGCCCAGACUUGGCAACGAUACUUGCUCGAUCACCGAAGCAGCGAAGAUAUAUUUUUUUCCUUUCUUUUUUCCCCCUCUUUUCUCGUCGACCCAUAGAAUAGGAAUUACAGGAUCGUUUCAUUACGGAGCCAUUGUGUCCACGUGUUGUGCUUACGGCACGUCGUUUUAUUUCGGUGGCAACGACCCCCUUUCGCCCUGAAAUUUCCCUCUAAUUGCAGAUAAAUUAAUGCCAUCGGAUGAGCACGCUCCGCAGCGUUGAUUGGUACGUUUUACCGCGUAUCCCGCGAAUCCGAUGAUCGGCCGAAUGAAACAUCGUCACGCGUUCCUGCACAGAUUUGCAUAAUGUAUCGCUCUUUGAUCGAUCCUUUCAAUUUUUCAUUUCAAAUAUAAAUAUAUAUAUUUCCGUGAAAUAUAGGAAAUAUAGGAAAUUUGGAUUUUAUUAUACAAAUUAAAAUUCAACAAUUGUAAAAUGAUACGGGAAGUAAAGUUUAUUCGUAACUACGAAUAAAAUAUUAUUUAUGCACGAGGAGGGGAUAGAGUUAGGAGCGAAAUCAAAUGGAAAAGAAUAAAUAAAUGAAAAAAUAAUAAUUCGUACCUUCGAAAAGAAUAACGAUAUCUCUUAAAAAUUAUUCUGGAAAGAAAGCAAAGAGAAGAAAAGAAAAAUAAAAAAAUUCUUCGAACGAUAUGCUCGUUCUAUUUUCUUUUUUUCUCCACCAUUGAGUGUAUCUCCACCGUUGAAACUUUGAUAAAGGUCCGUAUUAAAUUCUGGCGCGGAUUCUCUGGUCGCGCGGAAAGGAAAUUGCGAGUCUCGGAUCGAGCGAGUGGUCGUCGGGCCAGGUUUAAGGGUCAACGUGACGUCACAGAAUGGACCGGAGCAAGACGAUGGACGGGUGUACGGGUAUGAAUAAAUUACGAGGACAGUGACACGAAACCGGCGAGAUGAGUGGACCAAGAUAGUGGACCGCUCUAUUUUUGAACGUGGCCCCAUCCUCUCUCAGUUGAUCUACUUUUUCCCCUUCUUUUUCUUUUCUUAUCCCGCGCCCAAUUAUUCAGCCUAAAUUUUCCGGGCAAAUAUGUACACGCACACGUUUAUCCCUUUAGUCGAUUCGAAGGAAGCAGGAAAUAUUCAUGCAUUCCCGUUCCAAGAAUGAAAAAGUCGUUUCUCGGAGCGGCAAAAUAUCAAUUUUCCACGGGGCUGUUGUUGCGCCGUAAAAUACGAUUAUUCGCCUUAAAUAUCUGGUGCAGAGGGAAUCGUGAAUUCCGGCGAUAAUCCAGGUUGAAAUUAUAUAGAUCGAGCACCGAUUAAUACAUUUUAUAAUGGAGCAACGAUCGUGUUAUACGUUACCAUUUAACACGUGUUUCCAUUUCGCUAUGCGCAACUUUACUUCCAAUACCGUUGCGCAUUCACGUGAAAAUCCAGUUAACAGGAACAAAUUGCAAUUAGGAUUGAAGAGAGAGUCGAUGAAACGAAGUGCAAAAUUUGACGCAACAACAACAACGACGACGACGCGUGCGUGCGAAAUAAACUCUCGUUGACGAUCGAACGACGAUUUCCUCGAAUUUACGAGGGAAAUUAAAAAACAAAAAAAAAAAAGGGAAAGGAAAGAAAGAUUCAAAAAUAUUCCGCAAACUCGCGGCUGAAAGAGGAAACGUAACAAUCGGAUUUUCUCUUCCCAAGUUUAUCCAACAAUUCGUAUUUCGAAUAUCUCUCCACCGGCUAAUUCCCAUUUCGCGCUAAAUCACAGCUGACAGCUGGUCGCAGUGACCCAGAAAUUAAAGUAUUCCAUCUUCACGGCCGCACUUUGUUCCGUUCAUAUUAAAUUGCCACCACCGUCACGUUCCCCGCGCGUCGAAUCGCGGUAGAAACAAGGCGAGCCCUCGUCCUCCCCCAUCCCUCUCGUUCCGCGCCAUCCAGCGCAUCCAACCUCGCCGGAUAUUUCCGACUGGAUAUUCCUUCCUGGUUGCGCGUCACGGUGGCCGAGCAUGGUUCCUCGGGGUUGUGCCGCACGCUAAAUCAUUGCUAACGCGCCUGUCACGACUCGAGCCCCCCUUCAAAGUUAUGGCAUUCGGCGCGGAUCCCUGCCCUGCCUCCCGCUUCGUUACGAUCUACGUGAUCUUCAUACGUGGAAACGGUGUUGCAACGUAUCGGUUUGCCCGUCUCGUUUCGCAGUGAUAACCUCGAGGGACGAAGGGAUCGAUCCAAGGGAGGAGUAGUGUGUUUGGGAGGAGUACGUGUAGAGGGAGCGUGUCGCGACGGUUCAACGCACUUUUGGAGAAAGUUUUCGAGGCAGUGUACAAGCGUCUCGACACGUCUCGAGGCGGAAAGUGUGGAUGCGAAGGGAUCUCCUCUAUCUCCCGUAUCUCUAUUUCCGGUUCCUGGCCCGCGACAAGCGGCAAGUCCCACUCGUGAACUUUCUUCGUUCGCGAUGCAUAAUAAUUUGCCCCGUAUAAUUCAUAUUCAUAAAUGGCGCAUGCAUAUUCGCGAUAAAUUUCCCCGCGGAGUCCCUCCCCAUCCCCCCGUUCCUACGUUCCAAAGUGUAAAUUAUUUUCUGGCCAAAUUGAAAGCUGGUGGUAGUAGUUGCGUGUAGGCUUACGUGUCGUGUAUAUAGGGGGAUAUUGUCGAUUUCAGAUACUGGCCGGAUACUUGAUGAUCGGUUUAUGGCGGAACGUUCUCUUGCUCGUUUCUAUCGCGGUUCAUUUAUUUUCGAGAAUCUUAUUCGCGAUAUUUAUUCGAAAAACGGGUUUCGAUUCUCUUACGAUGUUGGUAAUGCGUCGUGAAAUUUUAUUCGAUGAUUUUUCUUCGCGUGACAGUUUUACUUUGGAAGACGAAUAUUGUGAUUUUAUUUAAUGGAAUUCGUUUCCUCGGGACUUCCUUCAAUUUGGGACGAGGAUUUUUAUUACGAAAUCCUUGGGAGACGGAAGUAUUCUUUUUUUUUUUGCAAUAACGAUAUCGUUUUACAAUCUUCUUCUUUAGUUUAUUCAAAACGAUACGUUAUCGGAUACGUCUUGAAUGGAUCGAUAUUCCAUUCUUAUAUUUCCGUGUAAUAAAAUUGAACGUAAUUUCUUGAUAUCGAAAAAAUUUAGAAGAAAGAAGAUGGAUUGUUCUUUAAAUAAUACAAAAAUCAAAAUUCAAUGGAUUCAAAAGGAGUUUAAACGGGCAUCGAUAUUUGAAACCGAGCUCGGAAUCAAUCUGGACAGAAACAGAAACAGAAACAGUUGAUUUCUCAUUGUGCUUUUCCCCUUUCUCGCUAUCUCUUUUUCGUCUUCCCACGUUCCUUUUUUUUCCACCAAGACGGAAAACGACCGAAGUAUCUCGUCUCGAAUUCUACUGAACGAACUUUUCUCCGCGUAUAUAGGUGAUCGUUGAUCUCUAAGAUCCAAUAAAUCGCCGGUGUUCUUCCACCUUGGGGCGCACCCCUUCGUCUUCUUCCCCCGCCUUCUGCCUUAUUUGCACCCUGUCUCUCUCUCUCUCUUUCUGUUCUCCCGUAGCUCGAUCACACCCGCUCCUGUAUCUUCUUUCCUAUUUUUCCUUUCAUCCCCGAACGUUAAAUCUCGUGGACGAACAAGUUCUGGCAUUUGCGUCUCUUUGUUCGAGGCUAGGGUCUAUAGAGAAAAUGAGACAGAGUGUUCCUCGGUCGAGGAAGAAGGAGAAGUCGGGAGCGAUAUUGAGUGUGUAUGAUGCAACAGAGACGAGAGAUGCGUGGGAAAAAGAAAGACAAGGGAUAACUUAAGGACGAUAGGGAGAGAUGAUCCUUUACUCGGUAGAGGGGGAAGGGUGGAUGGAGAACAGGGACUUGGGUAAGGAAAAAUAUAGAGGAGGGGCGAAAAUCGCGGAGAAAAUUGUGGAAAGGGGUAAUAAACGUGGAUAAGAAGAUAGGAGACAGAGGGGUGGAAAGAGUUAGACGGUAUAGAGAUAAACUCUGUAGCCGAAGAAAAAACCCGUAAGGGAGAUUGGUUUUCUAGGAGGGAAGGAAAUGGUACGGGGAAUCCGAAAUCAAAUAUAGUUGGACCGUUGAGAAAAAAGACAAAGGGAGGGUCGAUAAUCACGAUUCGUAAUCCAGAGAAAAGAGAAAAAAAGAAGAAAAAACUUGGCCACGAAAAAAUGUCGCGAUAAAUUAACAAAAAGCGAUCGACGCGUUCGAAGGAAGAAGAAGAAGAAGGAAAGAGUCGAUGGAAAAAGAAAGAAAAAAAACUGAGAAGAAAGUGAAGGAAGAACCGUGGUCAGGAAGAAGAGGGUGAGAAGACGGGAACGUGAUGAACAAGACGAAGAAGAUGAAGACGAAACGGCGCAAAGGGUGAAGAAAAAACGGAGAAAGGCCGAUUGGACGGGUAUCGUGGGGGAAAGAGGAAGGGUGAGAUCGAGGAGAGAAGAGGAAGAGAAGAGGUUGGAGUGGCGCGACAAGGAGGGAUUGAGAACGGGGGCUGGAAGUGGGGAAGCCGUGGAGAAUCAGCGCACAGCUACACCCCACCGUGACGGCCGCGGCAGUCAGUCGUCCGCGCACCUUCGUUCGGCGAGGGUUUCGUGUUCGGUGGAGAAUCGCCUCCACCAGGGAGUGUAGAGAGAGAGAGAGAGGAUCAUCGCAGAUUGUCAUUCAUCGAUCAGCUGAUUCCUCGAGCGGUGCUUUGACCUGCGAUCGUCAACAAUCGACGUCGAACGGAUCGACUUCUCGUCCUUCGACAACCCCUUCGUUACGUGGACCUCUGCGGAACGGAAGUAGCUGAACACCCUUGGGGACAACGCGAUUCAAGGUGGAAACAGAAGAGGAAGUCCAGAACGGAGAGUGAUUGAAUAACCGUGGAAACUUAAACAGAAAUUCUGGGUCAAGAUUCAGUAGAGUGUUAGCGGUUGGAACGAUGUGAGAGGAAUAUAUGGGUGGACGCCAAACGAGCAAGGAAGGCUGGACGAAAUCACGAACACGUGGCGAGACGUGAAGCGGGCGUUGAGCCUGCUAUGUGUGAAAAAAUUCUCCGGCAGCGGCACGAUGCUGGAAGCACCGCCCGGAAGUCGCGAGGACCUCGUGGAGGCGGCAAGAACACCGUGCACACCUACAGAUCUGGACACGAUGUUAUAUGGAUACACGAACAACAUAUAUGUGCUGGACCACACUCCUGAAUCGCUGCCGGAUAUGGACAUGUUGCAAUUGUUCGCCUCGCCGGCGGGUCGAGCGUUACUUACCAGUGACAAUCGGCGGAGAGGAUCGACGUCGACCUCCUCCUUGUCUCGAGAGUCCUCUUCGAGGCUGAAGAGAGGUAGAAGACUAUCGGGUACAGUCAGCGCGCCCGCGACACCUCCAAGGCAACGGAAAUCGAGCGCUGAGCUGUACAAAGAAGCCGCCGAGAUCCUCGGUCUUACCUGUUCGUUGACCGAUAGCUGCCGAUGCAUCGAUUGCCAGAGUAAUUAUUUCGACUGCGAUGACGAUUUCGGCGACGCGAGGACGGAAUUGGCUGCGGGGACACCUAUUCUACUGGACCAUGCUUUGACACAUCCAUUGACGUGUUCCAUACAGUAGCAGCCGAAUAUCUCGUUUCGAGCACGACUGGGCCUCAUUGGCUCCUGCACCGCCACCUGAUGAACCGGAAGUCAUCGAGGUGUCGAGGAACCUUGAAUCCAGGACGAAGUGUGGGAUAUUCGAGGCGUGCACUUUGAUCUCGAUAAACUCCGUAACCGUAAAGAAGAAGAUCGUGUGAAUCGAGACGACAAUUCACCGGUUGAUUUUACCGAAAUUAUUAUUUCACGGAUACGUGGAACUCGAACAAAUCGAAACAAUCGAAAAUCUGCACAAAGGUUUUGAUAUUUCUCGUCGAAAUAUUCUUCGCGCUUCUCAAACGCGGGCCUUCUUCCAAAAUUUGUAAUUGAGUUUCGUUGACUUUGUUCAAGUUUUUCAACGAUGUUGAUAUAUAACGGGGCGAUAUGUGAACAAGAAUCGAUGAAAUGAUAACAUUGUAUCGAAAAAGCGUGUAAAAUUUUGUAUUGAUUUCAAAUGGUAAAAUCAUUUGAGUGAGAAUUUCGUUUGCAAAUAUUAAUGUAAACGCGAACUUUCUAUUUUUGAAUAGGAAUGAAUGGCGAAGAAUUCAUUCGUUCGUUCAAUUCAUCGUUCUCUCCUCGAUGGAUCACCGGUUAUAUAAUAUUAUAUAACGAUAAUUAAACGAAAGAAUAAAAUAUAUAAUUUGUGGACAAUACAUUGUAACGGAAUAAGUCACUGCUCCGAUUGUUUCUUCUCUUUUUGUAUGAAACGAAAAAAAACGCAAGCUUACGUACCUAGGAAUAUUUAUGUACAAAAUGCUCCCUAUAUGUACAACAAUCUGCCGGUAAUCGCACUGGUUACGAAAUUAAUUAAAAUUAUCGAGAUAACGAAAUAAAUAAAAAAAAAAAAGGAGGAAGAAAGGAAGAUUAAAACGGAAAAAAAAGCUCAUCGUUUCACGUUUUCAUUAUUAAAUAUUUCUAUAUAUAUAUAUAUAUGUAUAUUAUCAUUGAUACGAGAGAAAAAUUCAACGCGACAUUAAAUUUCGAGAAAACGCGAAAAGAAAAAGAAAUAAAAUAAUAUAAUGAAUGAUGUAUCGAAAAACGAAAAAGAUAUAAUUACAAUGCGUUCGUCUGGCUCAAAUUGGACGAAUUUAUUUAUCGAUGCGAAAUGAACAAAUGCCAAAUGAAAAAAAUAAAAUAAAAUAAAAUAAAAUAAAACAAAAUAAAAUAAAAUAAAUGCGCCAAAUUUCUAAUGUAAUUAGCGAUAACGAUAAUAAUAAUAAUAAUUAACAUUUAAUAAACGAUAACCCUAAUAAUAAUAAUAAUAAUAAUAAUAAUAAUAAUAAUAAUUAUGAUAUGAUCGAUCUAGUCGGAAGAUAUAACACGAUUAAGAUGUUAAUUAGGUAAAAACUUCAAUGGUUUGUCGACGUACACGAUAUAUAAGAAUUAUAUAUAUAUAUAUUAUAUUUACUACACGUUUUAUUAUUAUAUUAAUUCGAUUAAGUAUAGUAGUGUACGUUGUUGAACGUUUAUGAGCUCGACGAAUUAAACCAAAAUAAGGAAAAGCAAAAAAAAAAAAAAGAAAAAAAAAAAAAGAAAAAUCACGAAAAAACCAGGGAAUAGUUGAAAAGAAAUGAGAAAAAAAAAUUAAUGAAAACGAAAAUAUAUAUAUAUAUAAAUAAAUGAGCGCAAUGCGUAAAAUUUAUACGUGCAAGAUCAAUACGUAUAAAUCGAAUACUUAUGUCCGAUUAAGUUUUUAUAUAAUCCUUUUUGUUAAAUGUUAAAUUAUUAACACGUCGACUGCCGUUUCUAAUUCUCGCCGAUGAGAGCAUCGUUAAUUUUAAUGACGUUUCGAAAUUUCUUCAACUAUAACGUAAUUACUAUUUCUUCUGCCUGCCUUCCCUAAUGUCGAAAACGUUAUUAAAAUUCCACGAAUCCGUGAAUGAAGUAGUAUAUAGAAAAAAAGAAAAAAAUUGGAUUUCUAACGAGAUUUCGUCAAAAUUUAAAUUUAAAUUUAAAUUUGAGAAAAUUUAGAAAAAAACGAGAGAAAGGAAAAGAAAAUUCGCGACAGUCGAUGUGUGAUCCACACGAAUCGUGACUAUAAAACGACGAUAAACGAUAAACGAAGCUAGGCCUGAGUUACGUAGAAUUGUGGACCGGUUGAAAGAGAUUAAAAAAGUGAGAAUGAAUAUAUGUAAGAAAGUAUAAAAGUGAGUUGGAUAUUUCCUCGAGUGAUUAUAAUUAAAAAAAAAAAAAAAAGAAAAAAAAAAUGAAAAGAAACAGGAUGAAGGUGUGAUUAUGGUGUGUCGAAAUCCGCGUAAAAAAAAAAAAUAAAAUAAAAUAAAAUAAAAUAAAAAAAUAAAUAAAUAGAACAAAUGAAAGAAAAAUAAAUCAAGUUCACGAAUGCAAGUGCCAAACUAAAGUUUAAUCGCGCGAUGCUCGUAAGCUUAGUGGUUCGCUAUCGAAAUCUCUUCUUAAAUUAUCCGAUAGAUUAUAAUACGAUUUAAAAAAUACGGUGAUAGGGCUGAAUAUUCACAUAAGUCUUAUCGAACGAUCCUUUAAAUCUAUAAAUUAAAUACAUCGUGCUUCCCUUUUUACAAAAAGAACAAAAAAGAAAAAAGAAAAAAAAAGAAAGAAACAA